AUGAUUGGACAAAUGGUGUGUCGCCUCUAUUGUAAGAAGCCGGAGAAGAAGCCAAUCCCUGAUGGAGUGCGUAAAAUUUUCAAGGAUCAUCAUAUAAAGAUGUUAGAAGAGAGAAAAAUAAAAAGUUCUGAAUUUCCCGAGGAUGAUAAAAAGAUGUUAGAAAAGAGAAAAAUAAAAAGUUCUGAAUUUCUUGAGGAUGAUAAAAAGAUGUUAGAAGAGAGAAAAAGAAAAAGUCUUCGGCUUAGGGAAAUGGAUGAGAUGGAAACAAAAGAGGAGAGGGAAAAAAGGAUGAUGUUAGAAGAGGAAAAACGGAUGAAGAAGCCAAUCCCUGAUGAAGUGCGUAAAAUUCUCAAGGAUCAUAUAAAGAUGGUAGAAGAGCUUAGGGAAAUGGAUGAGAUGAAAACAAAAGAGGAGAGGGAAAAAAGGAUGAUGUUAGAAGAGGAAAAACGGAUGAAGAAGCCAAUCCUUGAUGAAAUGCGUAAUAUUCUCAAGGAUUAUAUAAAGAUGGUACAAGAGAGAAGAAUAAAAAGUUCUGAAUUUCCCGAGGAUGAUAAAAAGAUGUUAGAAAAGAGAAAAAUAAAAAGUUUUGAAUUUCUCGAGGAUGAUAAAAAGAUGUUAGAAGAGAGAAAAAGAAAAAGUCUUCGGCUUAGGGAAAUGGAUGAGAUGGAAACAAAAGAGGAGAGGGAAAAAAGAAUGAUGUUAGAAGAGGAAAAACGGAUGUUAGAAGAGGAAAACAGAAAGAAGUCAGGGGAAAGAUCGUCGACGUCGCUUGUGAAAGCUUUUGACAAAAUGAUAGAGGAGAAGGAAAAAAGGAAGAAAAUAAAAGAGGAGAUGAAAAAAAUGAAGUCAAAAAGCUUCUCGAAGAAGCCGCCCAAUUCAUAA